AUGAGCUUUUGGAAAGCUUUAUCCCCGUUCCGCCGCGGUGGUCGCCGCCUGUACGGUCAAUUUCACGACACAUUGGAUCAGCUGACGGGAAUAGAGAAACGGGAAAUGCUUGCCCAUUUAGCCGGCGAUUGUGAUCCUUUUCGAAUUAUGGCUAUUAGAAAAGGUCCAGGAACUUGGCAAUGUCCAAAUCUGAUACCCAGCGCGUGCAACAAGCGUUUGAUUGCCUGCCUCUGCCACCCAGAUGACAUGCACCUAGAGUACAUGUGGCUGCACCAGGGCUGCCCCAAGCGAUGCGGCUGCGGCUAUUGGUUUCAGCUGUGCCCGGUUGCCCCACUUUAAUUUAGUAUCGCUCCAUAAUGAAUGAAAAUAAAUGUUUUUACUCAAACACGCAUUUGUUGUAAUGUGUAUAAUGUUUUACGUUGAUUUGUAUAAGACGUGUUUAUCUGUUUUAAAGAAAAAUAAGCUUGUCACUUCUCUAAUACUAGAUUUGAAUAUAGAUUUGGAAAUAUACGUUAUAAUUAAAAAUUAUUUAAAUACUAAAAUUGAUGAGCGGUUUGUUCGCAUAGCGCAUCGCGCAUACGGCAAAGCGUAAUUUAGAACUAUUGGAUUAUUUGAAAUUGUUUAAAUAAAGUUUAAUUAAGUUUGUCUUAAGAUCAUGGUGUCGAGUCUUUCCUCCGAGUGUUUGAGAUCAUAUUAUGAGACUAGAAGAAAAGCCUCAUUCCGAUUUGAUCUAUCAUUUUCAGUAAAGGCAAAAACGAAUUCCUUAGUUAAAUAGGACUUGUUAAUUCUGCGUUAUUUGAAUUUUUUGUUGAUUCUGCGUUAUUUGAAAAAUGUAAUAAAAUAGACAGAUAGAGAUAUAUGUUGUUGUUUUUUUUGUAU